UAAUGGUGCGACAUAAAAUAGCCAAUAGAGAAGAGAGAGAGAGAAUUAAAGAAAUGGGUGGAGCACUUAAGGCACUGCAUGUGUCGAUGAUUGCACAUGUACUGGCCGUAGCCGGCACUGUUAUGGUUCUCGUCUGGUGCAUACAUUUCAGGGGAGGCUUAGCCUGGGAAUCUACAAACAAAGCUCUUAUCUUCAAUAUUCAUCCAGUUUUGAUGUUGAUUGGGUUGAUCAUUCUUGGUGGUGAAGCCAUAAUGAGCUACAGGGCUUUAGCUCUGAAGAAAGAAACCAAGAAACUAAUCCAUCUUCUUCUACAUGGGAUAGCUCUCAUGCUUGGCAUUAUUGGUAUUUACGCUGCUUUUAAGUAUCACAAUGAGAGCAACAUUGCCAAUUUAUACAGCUCCCACUCGUGGUUUGGACUUGUAGUCAUUAUCCUCUAUGGUCUUCAGUGGAUAUAUGGAUUCGUGGUGUUUUUCUAUCCCGGGGCUGCUACUGGCAUCAAGGCUGAGUCCCUUCCUUGGCACAUGCUAGUAGGAAGUUUUGUAUUCCUUUUAGCGGUUUCCACGGCUGCUCUAGGGUUUUUGGAGAAGUUAACGUUUCUCGAGAAUUCUGGAUUAGCCAAAUUCGGACCUGAGGCCUUUCUCAUCAACUUCACAGCCAUUGUCACUAUAUUAUUUGGCAUAUUUGUUAUCCUCGUUGCUGCAGUAUCUCAGCCAAUUCAUGAAGUGGAAGAAGAUUACAGUUACUCUGUAAUUUGAAAUUUGGUUCAUACCAUUUAUUUCAAAACACUUUUGUAUAUGAAUGGGAGGAUAAGUAAAACACUUCUUUUGUAUAUGAAUGAGAUAAUUUUGACUACAAAUAUAAGGGAUCAGUAGAUUUAAGGCGGCUGAUCAAAGGUUAGAUUGUUUUUAUAUUCUU